UCUCCCUUUCAGCUCCUGGUCUCCUUUGAGGAAGUGUAUUUCACCAAAGAGGAGGAGUGAAGUUCCCUGGAUCAGGGCCAAAGGACUCUCUAGAAUAAGUCAGGAUGGAGGAUGAUGGGAACGCGGCCUUUACGGCAGGGAAUGAUCAGGAGGAGGAGGAGGAAUUUGUGGAGCCCUUUGUUGUGUCAAGGAAAACAUCCAAGAUUGUUGUGGAGAAAGAGGAGUUUGGGAAUCAAAGGGGACUGAAAAGGCAAAAGGGAAACGAAUCAGAGAUUGAGAAGAAGAACUCUGCUUCCCAGGAGGAGGACAUUACUGAACUCCUGACUCCCCAAGAAAACUACAAAGGGAAAAGAACGGUCAGCUGUUCUGUUUGUGGAAUAUCAUUCCAAUCUAAAUUUCACUUAAACGUACAUUGCAGAAUCCACACAGACGCAAUACCAAACGAAUGUGGAAAAAGCUUUAGACAGAUUAGGCUACACCUACAUUCACAUCAAAAACCCCACACGGGGGAGAAGCCAUAUCAGUGUAUGGAAUGCGGAAAGAGAUUUGACCUCCGUGGAAAUCUGACUAAACACCAGAGGACCCACACAGGGGGGAAACCAUACAAAUGCAGGGAGUGUGGAAAGAGCUUCAGCCAGAAUGGACAUCUUUACACACAUCAAAGAAUCCACACAGGGGAGAAACCACAUGAAUGUAUGGAAUGUGGAAAGAGUUUCAGUCAGAGCGGACAUCUUUACAGACAUCAAAGAAUCCACACAGGGGAGAAACCACAUAAAUGUAUGGAAUGUGGAAAGUGUUUCAGUCAGAGCGGACAGCUACGUUCACAUCAGAUGAUCCACACAGGGGAGAAACCACAUAAAUGUAUGGAAUGUGGAAAGAGCUUCUGCCAUAGUUCUGGCCUUUUUUCACACCAAAAAACCCACAUAGGGGAGAAACCCUAUACGUGUAUGGAAUGUGGAAAGAGCUUCUCUCAUAUUAAAAACUUACGUUCACAUGAAAGAAUCCACACUGGAGAGAAACCACAUAAAUGCAUGGAAUGUGGAAAGAGCUUCUCUCACAGUCAAACUCUACAGUUACAUCACAGGAUCCACACAGGAGAGAAACCCUAUACGUGCAUGGAAUGUGGAAAGAGCUUCAGUCAGUCUGUACAACUGCAAUCACAUCAAAGAACCCACACAGGGGAGAAACCAUACAAAUGCAUGGAAUGUGGAAGGAGCUUCGCUAAGAGGGUAGCGCUAAACUCUCAUCAAAGAACCCACACAGGAGAGAAACCGUACAGAUGCGUAGAAUGUGGAAGGAGCUUCACUCAGAGUGGACACCUCAGUUCACAUCAAAGAACCCACACAGGGGAGAAAGCCUAUUCAUGCAUAGAAUGUGGUAAGAGCUUCUCGUCUAGUGCAAAUUUACAUUCACAUCAAAGAACCCACACAGGUGAGAAGCCGUAUCAGUGCAUGGAAUGUGGAAAGAGUUUUGGCCACAGUGGAAACCUGACUAACCACCAGAGAACCCACACAGGGGAGAAGCCGUAUCAGUGCAUGGAAUGUGGAAAGAGCUUCAGCCGGAACGGACUUCUUUACAGACAUCAAAGAAUCCACACAGGGGAGAAACCACAUAAAUGCAUGGAAUGUGGAAAGAGCUUCAGCUGUAGCGAUAGCCUUACUUCUCAUCUAAGAACCCACACCGGGGAGAAACCAUAUACAUGUACAGAAUGUGGUAAGAGCUAUUCUUGUAGACAAAGUUUACAUUCACAUCAAAGUAUCCACACAGGGAAGAAGCCAUAUCAGUGUGUGGAGUGUGGAAAGAGCUUCUCUCAUAGACAAAAUUUAUAUUCACAUCAGAGACUCCAUACAGGGGAGAAGCCAUAUUGGUGCAUGGAGUGUGGAAAGAGUUUUGGCCACAGUGGAAAUCUGACUAAACACCGGAGAACCCACACAGGGGAGAAGCCACACCAAAUGCAUGGAAUGUGGAAAGAGUUUCUCUUACCGAAAAAUUUAUUUUCAUAUGUAAGAACCCACACGGAGGAAAUCAUAUAAAUGUGUAGAAUGUGGAAACAUCAAAGAACCCACACAGGGGAGAAACCAGAUAAACGGAUAGAAUAUGGAAAGAUUCUAUCCAUAUUCAAAAGGCACAUGAAAAAACUAUGGGAAAGAAACCAUAACAAUUCAUCUGUCCCAAAUUAACUUUCUACCCCAAAUAGGACUCAUGGGGUCAGGGAGAGUCACUUUAUUUCAACUUAUUGCAUGUUCCUUUAGAAACAUGAUGCCAUUAUACCAAAUUAACAGAAGAGGUUGAAAAGAAGCUAACUUUUGUUAAACAGAAACACUUUGAGUCUACUAACAAGACAGGAAGGUGGCUUGCAAAUAGGCUGGAAAAAGAAUAACUUAUCCAGGAAAUAGUAAAGAAGAAAUUGAAACAAAUCAUGAGGGAUUUAUAAUCAUAGAGUUGGAAGAGACCACAAGGGCCAUCCAGUCCAACCUCCUGCCAUGCAGGAACUCCCAAUCAAAGCAUCCCUGACA